UGUGCGUCUUAUUAUCCUGUGCAUUUCUGAAACCCACAGUGGUCCCUCACCUCAACACGCACUAUUUUACGAGUUCUCUCGCUUUCUCACGGUGAAGGGUUUCGACAUGGAAGAAAACAAGUGGAAGAAGACUGCACUCCUUGUUAUUGAUAUGCAGAAUGACUUCAUCCUACCUGGAGGUUCAAUGCAUGUUGCUGGAGGUCAAUCUGUCAUUCCUGCUGUGAAAAAGGCUGUUGCUAUUGCAAGAGAAAGAGGAGCCCUUAUUGUUUGGGUUGUUCGUGAACAUGACCCUAGUGGGAGGGAUGUCGAAUAUUUCCGUCGACACUUGUAUGGUGUUGGGAAGGAAAGGCCUGUCUCCAAGGGCACUAAAGGUGCUGAACUUGUUGAAGGCCUUGUGAUAGAGGAAGGAGACUAUAAAUUGGAGAAAACUCGCAUGAGUGCAUUCUUUGCGACUCAUCUCCAUUUACUUCUUCAAAGUGUUGGAAUCACAGAUAUUGUUGUAGUUGGAGUUCAAACACCAAAUUGUAUAAGGCAGACUGUCUUCGACGCGGUGGCACUGGACUACAGGUCUGUCACGGUCCUCACUGAUGCAACAGCUGCUGCCAGUCCUGAAGUGCAUGAAGCAAAUCUCUUCGACAUGAAAAAUGUUGGGGUGGCAACUCCAACGUUGCUUGAAUGGUGUAGAUAGAUCUGGUGGUGCUGGUGGUGCUUGCCUCUUAAACGAGUUGUUGUAUGUUUGUGCUUAUCAUAAAAUUUUGUAUAUAAAUCAUGCAUUUUAUACUAAAAAGAUCUGUUGCAUUGAGCACUUUUUUUUUUGUUCUUUCGUCUUUUUUUUUUUUACAAUAUUAUAUAGGAUUUGUUUUUUUUUUUGACAAGGUUACGUAGGAAUGGAACUUAGAUGUAGUACUAUGAAAACCCCUCUGCUACCACCUUGACCUAAGCCCAAUUCCUACAUUGAGAACUUUGUCACCAAAUCAAUAAAACAAAAAUUUCUGUAUCCAUUUACUA